CCCAGUCUCCCCUACUUUUAUUUUGAAGGCUGUUCAGUGGGUGGGAGGUGUUGGUUGUUGAUGAUUUGAACGUGAUGCUCCAUAUGAAGAGGCCGCAGUUAGACUCCGGAUCACAGCGGCGGGGCUGGACUCUGCUGGUCCACAUGAAGGGAGACUAGGUUUCUGUCAGACGGAGCGGAGGAUCUGCAGAGGCAGCAGAGGAGGUGUCGAUCUCCAGAACCUUGUAUGUUACUGGAACAGUCAUACACAGCUGGAUUGUGAUGGAGAGUCUUCAUCCCACAUAAUCAGAAUGUUCUGCGUAUUCAAACUGUGAACAAGUUGCAACAGGAGGCGAGCAACAUCAAGGCAAGUUUCCAAAAGUGACCGGCUGCUGGAUCUACUGGAUCUGAAUCAGAGAGAUCAAAGCCUGGAGGAUUCCAUCUCUUCUGGUGUUUAGUCCUCGUCUCUCUGCCCUCUCUCUUGUAUUUCCGUUCCCUCUCUCUGGUCCUGGUCUGUCCUCCGGUCCGGGUCAGUCCUGUAGCUGGAUGCAGUGAAUAAACGCGUUAUUUGUGCCUCUCGGAUGUGUCGGCGCACAGGGAGCUGCUGCUGUGUUGUCGUAGAGGAAUGCAGCAGCUCGGUCAGCCAGACUCGGUCCUGUCUGUCUGGAGCCUCCUUACAACAGUCACUGCUUUAGGGGAGAUAGUCCGGCACGGCUCGGCGCGGAUUUCCACCCUUAAGUCCUCUGACUGGCUGAAACCAGGAGAUCUGGACUGACCGGUAUCAUGAAGACCCAGAAGGCUCAAGGUGAGACAGUUUCACCCUGCAAACGGAAGCAUCGCUUCACUUUACGCAGCAGGAAGAAGAAGGACCGGGUGAUCAGAGGAAAGCUUCGCAUCCGCUCAAUGCCUGGAGCCUUCCUGGUGCUGGGGGUCAUCGUGGUUGUGGUUGGCACUGCUCUGGCUGUGGCGGGAUACUGGCCCUAUCGUCUAUCCAGGGCGUCCAUCCUGGCAUCAGCAGAUCGGGAAGGUUUCUCUGAGUCGCAGGGUCCUGGGUGGAGUGUGGGAGCGAAGGGCCUCCUCUCCACAUCAAGCCUCAACCACAGUGAGAGGAUGAAGCUGUUGGGACCCGUGAUCAUGGGGGUAGGACUCUUCAUCCUCAUUUGUGCUAACACCGUCCUGUACGAGAACCGGGACAGAGAGACCCAGAUGCUGCUGGCUCAGAUGCGGAGUAUGAUCUGCUCUGUGUCCGCAGCGGUGCCCUCAGCUGACCUGACAGAAAUCGCAGCGGCCAACUCGAUGGCCAAACACUACCAGUGGGUGAGCAGUUUACCUGCUGCUCACCUUAACAUCCUGUGUCUACAGCAGCUGGCCAGCUCUGAGCCCCUGCUGCAGACCAGGACCCUCACAGACCAGGAGGACGGCGUAGAGGGCAUCUACCAGCAAGCUGUCCUCCACCACCAGGAAUCAGAGCCUCCACCUUCCCUCAACUCCUCCCACUCUAACUCCUGUAACUCCAGUCAGACUGACUUUAACACACAGGCUGGAGCUGAGCAGGAGGACAGCACCAGCAUCCACCCUCAGCCCCCCAGUUAUGUCAAACUCAACAACUGCCUCCUGUCUGCCAGCUCCAUGUCCACACUGGGGUUGGAGGAGGUGGAGGUCCCGGUGUCCCAUCCGAGGCGCUGCUACAGCAUGAGCUACAGGACUAAACCUCACAUCUCCCAGAUGGGUGUUCGUCUAACGGAGAGAUGUCAAACAUUACGAGGGGAGGGGGAGGAGGAAGGUGUAGUCACAAGGAGAGAGGCGGGGUCACAGGUCUGUGUGAACAUACCCCAUCAGGUUCUGGAAACCACAGAGGAGCAGACGCACCGGAGCUGGCCUCGGUUGGACCUGGGCUGUGGGAGACGGUACCUGAAACUGGAGAAUAAGGAGGACUCUGUGGACAAACUGCUGGACCAGUUAGAGCAGCAGUGCUCCCAGUGGGAUAAGAGUUUUGGAUCUGGACCUUUCCAGUGAUGAGGAGACUUCAGGAUACAAAUGUGAGGACCACCAAGGAUUUAAGACAUUGUUCUCUGGAUUCUGAGAAGUAAGCAUUCAAUAUUUUUGUGCAGGACGGACGGAAGCUGAGUCCUGGAGUACAGUUUUUCUCACAAAGAUCUUCCAACAUUUCCUGAAUCUUAACCGGAGUACUUAUACCCGGAGGUUCUGGUCCUCUCUUUGCUGGAUUUGGUAAAAGUUUUAUAUAAUUGAAGGAGAGGAAACAUAUGCAGACCCUACACUGUCACAGAUCAGUAGAGCGAUGUGAUACUCGUCAUGGUUGCAGAGAAAUGAGGAUUCAACAAGUAUCUGGAUGCAGAAGUGUGUUUUACAUUGCUUCUUGAUGGAGGACUAGAGGGGUGCAGGAGGAUGGGGGAUUGUUUUCACUGUGCAAUCAUAUCUGAACCAAACCACCUGGACUCCUGAGCCCGUGAGGUGCUGACACUUUCAAACAAAAUGCAACCAGUAAAUAAAAAUGGGUUUUCUUCCUCCA